AUGAGUCAAAGAGAUUCUGAUACUAGCUUCUAUACUCUGGACUUUCUUGAGCAAAUUGGUGCCAUGGCAGGCGCUUCGCGAUCCCCUUGUCUGGAGCAGAUGGAGAAAGGCUCAAAAGUGCUGAAGACCAUGCUCACAUUCAAAGAGAUCGAGAAUGAAAUCGGCAAGGAACUCGCGAACAAAAAUUCGGCUACCGACCUCACCAAAGAAAAUAUUUCGCAUCAAUCGGUCGGCCCAACCAUGCUUGACUGCUGGUCUGACACCCCAGAACGACAUGAGUGGAUCACGUAUAGAAUGCAAAAUAGUUGA